UUUAAAUAAAAAGAAAACAGAAAAAAAAAAGAGAAAACGGAAUACAAUCGCGUCUCCUUCUUCACUUUGCUUUCUCUGUGAAUUUUUCCCUGAGGUUGAAGAUUGAGACACGUAAUCUCCAGAUUCAUCGGGAGAGUGAAGAGAUCUGAACGAGUCUCGCCUGAUCCGAUGGGAACGAUGCAGACAUGGCGUAAAGCUUAUGGAGCCCUAAAAGACACCACCAAAGUCGGCCUUGUCCGCGUCAACAGCGAUUACGCCGAUUUAGACGUUGCCAUCGUCAAAGCCACCAACCACGUCGAGUGUCCUCCCAAAGAUCGUCAUCUCAGAAAGAUAUUUGCUGCAACAGUAGUGACUCGUGCUCGAGCAGAUGUUGCUUAUUGCAUUCACGCCCUUUCUCGCCGCUUGCAUAAAACUAGAAACUGGACGGUUGCACUGAAGACGCUUAUUGUGAUUCAUCGGCUUCUAAGGGAAGGAGAUCCGACGUUUAGGGAGGAGCUACUUAAUUUUUCGCAGAGAGGGAGGAUUCUGCAGCUUUCUAAUUUCAAGGAUGAUUCAAGUCCUAUUGCUUGGGAUUGUUCAGCUUGGGUACGUACUUAUGCAUUGUUUCUUGAGGAACGGCUUGAGUGCUUCAAGGUUUUGAAAUAUGAUACUGAGGCUGAGCGUCUUCCAAAGGCUACCCCAGGGCAGGAUAAGGUAUUAUUAAACUUGGAGCUUUGUCUUGUGUUUUGGCAUCUCUUUUUUUUUGUUCUGAUGGUUUUGAUUUUAUGUGUUGUGGAUUGGCAGGGGUAUAGUAGAACCAGGGAUUUAGAUGGGGAAGAAAUCUUGGUGCAGUUGCCAGCUUUGCAGCAGCUUCUCUAUCGUCUCAUUGGUUGCAGGCCGGAAGGUGCUGCUAACCACAACCAUGUUAUACAAUAUGCACUUGCUCUGGUGUUAAAGGAGAGUUUUAAAGUCUAUUGUGCUAUCAAUGAUGGAAUUAUCAAUCUCAUUGACAAGUUCUUUGAAAUGCCAAAACACGAAGCCAUCAGUUCCCUUGAAAUAUACAAGCGUGCUGGUCAACAGGCUCGUAGCCUUUCUGAAUUCUAUGAAGCCUGCAAAGGAUUGGAACUCGCAAGGAAUUUUCAGUUUCCUGUACUAAGAGAGCCCCCACAAUCUUUUCUGAGUACAAUGGAGGAGUAUAUCAAAGAAGCCCCACGUGCCGUCGAUGCCCCAGCUGAGCCACUGCUUCUAACUUAUAGGCCGGAUGAUGGACUUCCUGACGAAGAUGCUGAACCGUCUCAUGUAGAACGUGAAGUUGUGUUGCCUUCAGAUGAUGUUGUUCUUGUAUCUGAAGAGACUGAACCUUCUCCCCCGCCUCCUCCUCCUCCUUCAGCCAACACUCAGUCUCAGAACAUCAUUGAUACAGAUGAUCUACUGGGUCUGAACACUGGUGGUCCUGAUGCAUCAGCGAUUGAGAACCAAAACGCACUUGCUUUAGCCAUAAUCUCAACUGAUGGUAACCCUUCAACGCCUCGGUUUGGUCACGCAAACGAUUAUGACCCUUCAGGAUGGGAGCUUGCCCUGGUAACAACACCAAGCAACGAUAUCUCUGCAGCCACCGAUAGGCAAUUGGGUGGAGGCUUAGACACGCUUACACUAAACAGUCUAUACGAUGAUGGAGCCUACAUAGCCUCCCAACGUCCUGUCUACGGUGCACCAGCUCCCAACCCAUUUGAGGUUCAUCAUGACCCUUUUGCAUCGUCCAAUGGCAAUCCAGCAGCUCAGCAGUCAGCUGUCAACAACCCUUUUGGUGCUUACCAGCCAACGUAUCAUCAUCAGCCGCAGCAGCAACUACAGCUAGCACUCCCAAACCCCACAGCCAAUAAUAAUUACAGUAAUAAUCCAUUCGGUGAUUUUGGGGAAUUCCCGGUUAACCCGGUUUCACAGCAGCCAAAUACGAGCGGGUUUGGUGAUUUCGCGGUUAACCAACACAAUAAUAACCCGUUCCGCAGCACUGGUCUGCUUUGAUUUGUAUCUUCAUUUGUGAGUAAUAUAGAAUCCACUUGAUGUGUUAAAAAAAAAAAGAUUAAAAAAAAAAAGAGUAGAAUCCACUUUGUUUGGUUUGAUCUCUCUGUUCUGGGAUAUAUGCAUAUAUAAGUAAAUCUCUUUAUUUGCAUUCUUAAAAUAUUUCUAUUUUUAUCUUC